CGCAUUUCCUCAUUCUUCUGACUAAGGAAAUCACUUCAACCGGACAGAUGCAUAGGCUACGUGAUUUCCAUAAAACAGAAUAGCACGCAUGAGAUCCGUACUACCACGCUCCAAUUCCGAAUUUUCAUUGAAUGUUUUAUCUAUUUGGUUAGGGCUCGAUCUGCAAGAAUGAAACCGCCAGUUAAAAAUUUUGGUGUGAAUUCUUUUUAGACGGAGAACUGGUAAACCAAAACUUCGAUAAUACUCUUCAAAUUAGUUUUUCCUGAGUUUUACAACAACUGAAGCAGGAAUUGCAUUAUUACCUAGUAAAUGACCGUCAAUCAAACUUAAAAAUAAUACUUUAGGGACUAUAUUUUAUAUUGUGAAUUUUAAAAACCCUUUUUAAAUUUCCGCGCAGAAUUUGUACCUCUGUCUACGCAUGAGAAUAUGGCUGACAGUUCAAGCAUAGAUUAUUCGAGUAUCCCGUUGAUAGCUUUAAAUUUCAGUUUGAGGAAAGAGCUUGGACUUCACUUAAAUCCGAGGAAUACUGUUGCUGCAGACUGGGCUACACUGGCUGAAAUGAUGGGUUUCAGUUAUAUUGAAAUAAAAAACUACGAAAAAUACGAUAACCCAACUGCAAAGAUUUUAGAAGACUGGCAGUCACGAUGUCCCAAAGCCACAGUGGGAAAGUUGGUGUCCAUGCUUGAAGAAGCGGAGAGAAAGGAUAUUCUGACCGAGCUAGCCUCCUUGAUUGAAAAGGACUGCAUUGCAUAUUUGAAGCGGAAGGAGGAGUCACCAGUUCAGGUACCUGAAGUAGACAGCUGGACACCUGAUAAGAAUGGCAUAACAACGAAAGACGAUCCGAUGGGCAACAUGCCCGAAAUGUUUGAUGCCUUCAUCUGCUACUGCCAGAGUGACAUUGAGUUUGUCCAUGAGAUGAUCCGACAGCUGGAGCAGACGGUCUACAGGCUUAAACUGUGUGUGUUCGACAGGGAUGUUCUCCCGGGCACUUGUGUUUGGACUGUCACCAGUGAACUCAUCGAAAUGAGGUGUAAGAGAAUGGUUGCAGUGAUUUCGGAUGAAUACCUUGACAGUGAAGCAUGCGACUUUCAAACCAAGUUUGCUCUCAGCCUCUGUCCAGGAGCGCAAAAGAAACGUCUCAUCCCAGUGUUGUACAAGCCAAUGAAGAAGCCUUUCCCGAGCAUCCUGCGCUUCCUGACUGUAUGCGACUACACCCGGCCCUGCACCCAGUCUUGGUUCUGGGGCAGACUGGCUAGAGCUCUGUCUCUCCCGUGAUGGCCUACUCUCAAAUCACCACGUUGUGUGUGCUUUUCGGAAGUAGCGUUGCUUGUAUUUGGGUGUGUGGUAGUUGGAGGGAAGUUCAAGGCCCGACAGCCUGUGCGCAUUGCUUAUUUUCCAGCUCUUCUGCGACAUAGACCCACGCUGAAGACUUCAUGCAAAUUUCCAUGUUUGCUCAGUGAUUUUUUUUUUUUUUUUGUGAAUAAGAGGCCUCAUGAACAUUGAGUUUUGAAAUAUAAAAUCAAAGACUGAAAAAGCAACAGGAUUUUAUCAGAGGCACUUAAGAGUCCUUGAAUAAUGAUGAUUAUCUAGGAACGCUCCAUGUCAGGAUACUUAUAAUGCCCUGAACCAGGGGUCCUCAGUCGUAUCCAGAAAGGGCCGGUGUGGGUGCAGGCUUUUGUUCCAACAAGCAGUAACACACUUGAUUCUACUAAUCAACCCUGUGGAAUCUUUGCUAAGCACCUUGAUUAGUAGAAUCAGGUAUAUAACUGCCCAGUUGGAACAAAAAGCCUGCACCCACACUGGCCCUUUCUGGAUAAGAUUGAGAACCCCUGCCCUAAACUGAUCCUGGAUCACAUUCUGGAUCACAUUCUGCUCUAAUUGGUCAGAGUUUGGGUUGGGUUGCUGGGACAGUAUACAUUUUCAAGGAUAUCGAGGCAAUUUAUAUUGUUUUAUUGAUGCUCUGCAACACUGCUGUAGUCUACAGGGGUUUGAUGUGUACCAUGAUGUAUGCUGGUUUACAUCCCUACCUUUUCCUUAUGAAUUCAGAUCAUUGAAAAGUAAAUUGUAAAUUGCAUAGUGCAGGUUUGGCUCAUAAAUGAAAACUGAUCUGAAUGAUUUACAAAGUCUUUAAAAUGAUAGAGAAUAAUAAUUAUUUGUAAAAAAAAAAUAGCAUGUGUUUUUAAUGACAAGAGAAUACAUCAGCCAUCAUUAGCUAUUAAUAAUGUUUAAAACCCGUUAAAUAUUUUUAUACUUCUGGAAUUGCAAUUGAAGUUGAAACAAAAACUGCAGGCAAGGGGAUUUUCUAGGAUCAGGGUUAGGAACUACUGGUUUGUAGUCUCAGUCCUUGUUUGCAUGAUGAUGUAAAUUGGAAAUUGGGUUUUGUUCCAUGGGAAACUGCAAUUGUGGUGUGGAGUGUUUCUUCCUAAUAUUUCGCUCGAAGCCAUACGUAGCUGAUCAGACCUAUCAUUGGCAUUACUUAGGCAAAUGGUGCUUGCAGCUUUGUGUGCACUUGUUCUUGUUAAUACAAAUUAAUUUUGUCAUUAAUCAUAAUUAUGCAGUGCUUGUGAACUAUGACGCUUUUGACAUGAAGCUUUAGUAAUCAUACCUACAAUGAGCUACCGUACAUUUUUGAUUUCUUUGUCAAUUUGUCUUGGUUCCAUAUAAAAAGAUGAAAGCACAAUACAUUUCCUUUCUUUACGAAUGAUCAUUAUGUCCUGUUAAAAUGAUAAACUAGUAUAGCACUCCAAACCUUUUUAUUGAAUGUAGCGAAGAUCCAAAAUAUUGCCAGAAUACUCCAGACAGUAUUAUUUUAGCUAAAAACUAUAUAGCAAAUUAAUAGGCCUAGCUGGACAAUGCUGCUCUGCUUUGCCUAGUGAUCUUCAUUCAUUUCCACAUCUCUCAUUUUUCUUGAUCAGAAUAUUUAUCUGGAAAGAUGUUCAUCAUCAUGAUGUCAGCACAAAUGGGUUAGAUAAACGUCUAAGGUAAAGAAACUGAAAUGCAAUUGAGCUUGCUGUUUACAAUGUAAAAAAUACAAAAGCAACCAACAAAAAGACUAAUGUGAUAUAGUUUCCAUUUAAUAUGUUGGUACAUUACGGCUUUUUGGAAGUGGAAGUACUUUUUAAUUUGUAUUCUUUUUUGUGGUCUGUGUAUUGUUAUUGUUGGUAAGUGAUUGUACAAUGGAAAAUGCAAACAGCCAGUGUCAGAAAACAUGUUUGAAAUGGCAAUGUGCAUUGCUCAAUCUAUGUCAAGGGGAAAUAUCAAAUGGUACCAAUUUUAUUUGUUUAAUUAACAGUAAUCUCCCAGCACUCUUUUUUUUUUAAAAUAAAGUGAUGCUAAAAUACAGUAAGUAUUUUGCUCUGUG